CUUGGUUUUGCCUCUCGAUUCAGAUCCAUGGCGCCUGAACGCGUGGCUAAUGCGGCCUCCAGCUUUACCCUCCUCGCCGCGUCAGCCCGCGGCGAGCUCAGCGUGGUCGAGCAGCUCCUCGCCUCGGGGGCGCACGCCGACGCGGCCGACGCGGAUGGCGACACCGCUCUCAUGUUCGCCGGCGGCGGAGGCCACGCUCAGAUCGUGUCGGCGCUGUGCCGGGCGGGCGCGAGGGUGGACGCGGUCGACGCGCACGGCUUCACGGCGCUGAUGUGGGCCGCGCAGGCGGGCAGUCUCGCCGCGGUGAGCGCGUUACUGUCCGCCGGAGCCGACGCGAGCGUCUCGCGGCCAAAGGAUGGGUACUGCGCGCUGUCUGCCGCGGCGCGGCGUGGUCACCUGCACGUCGUGGCGCGGCUGCUGGCUGGCAAGGCGGACCCGAACGCGGCCGACGCGCACGGCGUGACCGUGCUGCAGUGGGCGGCGCGCCGCGGCGCCGCACCGCUCGUGCAUCGCGCACUCGACUGCGGAGGGGCGGUGGACGCGGCGGACGGGGAGGGCGUGACGGCUCUGUCCGCAGCGGCGCGCGGCGGGCACGCCAGUGUGGUGGAGGCGCUCCUCGCUCGCCGCGCCGACCCGGGCUCUGCCGAUGCCAGCGGCGCCACACCGCUUUUGUGGGCGUCACGGCGUGGUGGCGGCGCGGUGACGAUGCUGCUUGGCGCGGGGGCGUCGGCGACGGUCGGCUGGCUCGGUCGGCGCGGGCCGGCUCUGCGGGCGGACCCGUCUCGAUCCGACUGCGACGGGCUGACGCCUCGGCUGGCGGCGGCGGCGCGGGGGCACGAGGCGGUUGUGGCGGUGCUGCUGGAGGCUGGCGCGUGCGGCGACGCGUCCGACUCGCUCGGGUACACGGCCGCCACUAUCCGCGCCCCGUUUGCGGGCGAUGCAAGCCGCGGUGGUGGCGAUGCGGGUGGGCUCGGCGGCCUCCUGAGUGGUCGCUCAGCGGGCGGGUGGAGAGGGGACCAGGCGAAGGGCGCGGCGGCGGGCGCGGCGGUGGGCGCGGCGGCGGGGAGUGAGGCCCCCUUGCGCUUUCCACCGGAGGGGGGUGCGGGCGGCAGUGGCUACAACGCGGAGCCGCCGCGCGUGAGCAUCGGCGCACCGCCUGCCGCCGACUCGAAGCCCUCCGCCGCACGCGCUGCUGGCGGCGGCGGAGGCGCCGCGCACGCCAGAGCGGCGUUGUCCCCGCGGCAAGAGGAGGCGAUGCGAGAGGCGGAGGCGGAGGCGGUGGCGCAGAAGGCGGCCAUGGACGCACUCAAGGCAGAGGCGGAGGCGAAGGCGAAGUCGUUCGCCGAAGACGCGUGGGAGAGGGCGAGGCGCAACUCGUCAGGCGCGUGGCAGCGCGCACGCGCGGCGAGCGAAGCGGAGGCGGCGGCGGCAGAGGCGGCGGCGGCGGCAGAGGCGGCGGCGGCGGCAGAGGCCGCCGCCGCGACGGCGGAGGCGGCGGAGGCGGAGGCGGCGGCGGAGGCGGCGGCGGCGGCGGAGAUUGCGGCGGCGACUUCUCCGGCAGAGCUGGAGGGCGGCUCGGAUGCGGAGGACGAUGGGGAGCCGAAGUGGCUGCGCGCAGCGUCUCGCGCCAUCCCUCCACAGCAGAGCGGGGCGUCGAAGGGCGGGGUGGGGCACCCCGCUGUCAUCAACGUGCGCGUCGGCAGCAGCUCUUCGGGCGAGACGGCGCAAGAGCGGGGAGGGGAGCUGUGCUCCUCCCCCUCGUCUCCGUCGACGCCGAAAUGGCUCAAGGCGGCGUCGCGCGACGCGUCGCGCCUCAGCGCGACGAGCCCGGCGAGGACAAAGCCCGUUUUCGACCUCCCCUCGGGGCUGGGUGACGGAGGGGGCGGAGGCGGCGGCGCUGGCAAGGGAGAGGCUGUGGGCGGCGGCGGCGCCAGAGGCGGGGUUGCCCUUCGCGCCGUUGCGCUGCGAAAGCGCGGCGCGGCGCGGCGCGCGAGCGCCGAAGCUUCCGCCGCCGCCGCCGCCGCCGCCGCUGUUGCCACACCUCCGCCGCCGCCGCCGCCGCCGCCAUUUGCGCCACUGAUCGACUUUGACGAGCCAGCUACGCCGCCGCUGAUCGACUUUGGAGACUUCGCGCCUGUGGGCGACUCGCCACUCGGCAGCACCGGGCAGUACGCCGCGACGGACACAUCCACCGACGCGUCCACGCACCCGUCCACGUCGCCAUCGCGGUCGCGGGCCGGUGGCACGGCGCCGGAGGAGCAUCCGGAAUUUGGAGCCGACUUCGGCGCCGACGCAUUUGGCGGCGGCGGCUUCGGCGGCGGCGACGACGACGCGGACGGCGGCCCGGUCGUGGAGGACUUUUCGGCGGAUGGCUUUGGCGGAGCGGGGUUCGGCCUAGGGGAAGGCGAGGACGAGGACGAGGUUGGGCUCGCAGAACUGCGCGCGAACUUGGCGGAGGUGGAGGAUGCGCUAUGCCACGAGCCCAACAACGCCGAGUGGAUCGCCCUUCGCGACCAACUCCGCCAGCUCGUCCGAUAAAUCUCUUUCCAGAGGUGGGAGCGUGUUGACUGUUGUGAAACGUAUACUAAAACUUUACGGAUUUCGC